AUGGCUUCGCAGAGCAUGAAAGCGCUCUCUCCACCAACAGUCAGAUUUCGGUCCACUCAGGUCACGACCAUCGCGCUCGGAAUGAAGGUGUCCCUGUUUCGGCAUGGUAUUCGUUCUGUCACGCCUGAUUGCGACAAAAGGUCACCCUCACCACUACAGGUGCUAGCGCGGGGAAUGGGGCUGCAGAUGGCCAUGGUGGGCAGAAAGACCAAGUUCACUCUCUAUCUGAACAAUUCCACGACGCUUGACCUAGUGGUGGAGAUAAAAAAUGAGGAGGGCGAUUACUGUAGCCACAGAAUAACCAAUCGCUCUCCACUCAGGUCGAGGGUCCUCUCCAAACAGGCGCUCAAGGAGCGCCACAAUAUUCCCCUAGAGUAUGAGGUGUCCGGCAGCGAGGUCCGCGUGGCCUGGAUCCCCCUGCAGGAUGGUCGUCACACGCUCUCCAUCAUCUGGAGGGGACAGCACGUCGUGGGCUCCCCGUACUCCGUGGUCGUCGACGACUCGCAGCAGGUGUCCCCGGGCCCCAAGAGACAGUACCUGAAGCCCCUGAUCCACGGCAGCGGCGAGGGCUACCACCUGAACGCACAGCAGGAACCUUGCCCCGUCUCACAGUCCAUGCGGGGCCAGGCUGGGGCACUCAGAUUCAUGGGCAUCCUGCGCAGGCGCGUUGUGCGUCGGGUCGUGCACGUGGGCGGGGAGGACGUGGUGCUCAGUCCGGACGAGAGCAUCGGCAAAUCUUCACAGGCGCGGCAGGCGUUCCAGCGAAUGAGGACAGCCUCGAACGAGAGCUUUGAUGAAAACCUCAUCAUGUGGAACAAAGGCUACCGCGGGCGGCGCUUCUCCAUGCCUCCUGCCAUCGACAUAACGCCUCCGCCGCCGUCCGACCAGGGUAAGGCAGAGGAUUCUUACCUUGUCCGUCAGUCUGGUUCGAACUGGUCUUCCGGUAACCGCCCUGUAAGUCACUCGCCGAUCCUGUCGGUUGAUCUGGAUGAAAACUACAUAGAGAUGAAGUGUACUCCGCAUAUCCGGGGUGCAGCAAGUGAGAGCGUUGAGGAUGUAAGUGACGUAAUGUCUGGGGUUCCUCAAGGGGUUGAAAAUAGAGACGAACAAGACGAAAUGCGUGAGACUGACGCAGCCAAGCAAGAAGAAAUAAAAAGUCCAAAUGAUUGCGAAAUAACCAACGAAUCCCCUGAGCAGCAGAGGGACGAAUCUGGUUCAUCAAACGACAAAACACUAAAUGAACUCAUCAUGGAAAGACAGCUGUCUGACUCGAGUGAUGGCGUUUGCGCGGCGAGUACAGAGGAUGAAGGUACCGAUGGACAGCGCACAGGAAUAAAGAAGGCAGCAAAUGGCGAUAAGGAAAAGAACAAGAAGAAGAAAAGAGAAAGAAAGAAGAAAUCUAAAGGUAUCUCCGUAAACUCAACUCAACAAUUUGGGCAUCGCUGCGAAAAUAUUAUCAACAUGUGUGAUUUCAUUAUCGAACACAGCCCGAAGAAAGAUGCUCUUAGGACGCUUGAGGUUGCCUCGCACAUAGUAAACUACAAAUUUGCCGACGUUUCUGAAUCUUCCUAUUCCAUACCAACAACAGAUACAAAUUCUAACGACGAUAAAACAAUAGUGGACGAUGACAAUGAGAUACUGGAAACGGUUGUAGAUGAUAAAGGUAAUGUCCUAAGGAUGAGUCUAAGCAGCAAUGAUUCCGACGGUGAUCUUGCUGAAGCCGUUGACACUAAAGCAGUGAAUGAUGAACUCGUGCAGAAUGACGUUGGAACUUACGUAGACUUGUCUUUGGAUAAUAGUUUAGAUGAUUUUUCAGUAGAAUGUCAAAAAGAACUUGUAAAUGAGGAUCAGAACGGGAACAUGAAAUUCGCAUCAAAUAAGAUGGAAUGCUCUGAGACACCUAUAUUAAAUAACAAGGAAGAACAUGAGAAGAAUCUAUUCCAUGAUAGAACAGACUGCAUAUACCUUCCUGAAGAUGAUGUACGGAAUAAUGGCAAUUUCCAUUUCAGUAUUAUAAACAGCCAUGAUCUUCAAACAAAUGAUUCAUUAAUUUCACAAACAGUUCUAGAGGAUGAACCACAGGCAGACAUUUCAAGAGAUCUGGAAGAACCGCCAAUGGAUAUGGACCAAGAGAGGAAAGACAUUGGUCAUAACUCCGAAUCUUUGGUUAUCCCAGAUCUGGUUGUUAUUCAGGAUGAAGCACAAGGCGAGUCUGAUAUCACUGAUAGUGUCAGCGAUAACAAUACUGGGGAUAGUAAUAUGGACUAUUUGCAGACAAUUGAUGAAGAAACGGAGCCAAAUUCAAUGGUGGAUGACGAACGCUACCUCUCUGAGGGAGACAUGUGUGAACAAUCCCUUGAGGACCUACAAUACAAUUCAGAUGCAGUUAAUGACUUGUCAAAUGAAUGUCAGGAAGCGGGAGUAUGCACUGCUUUGGAUAAAUCUGAAGAUACUAAAGCUGCAUUGCAAGAUUCCCUUGAGUUUUCUGUAGAAAUAGCAAACAAACUAUCUACAGAGUUUGAAAGAAAUAGAGAAGCCUUUGAAAGUUUUGGAGACCAAAUGUUAAAUACAGAAGACGAGAUAGAAGCUUCAAAUAUGGUAUUAGAGGUAAAUAAAGAAGAAAUAGAAUUUCCUGAAAACAUUUCAGAGCGACUCAAGGAUCAUACAGUUAACGCUCAACCAUCACAGGAUGAUCAAGAAGAACCCUUGACACUUGAAACAAAACUUCCAUCUUCUAUAGAAGAGGAUCUCUCGUUUGCAAGAAUUUCUAAUCUAGAUGCUGUGCAGCAAAGUGUCAGUGAAAUAUUAUGUGAGGAGAGUAACAUUAACUUUACAAAUGAAGCCCUUGACUUGCAAAAUGAGAAUGAUACAGGACGCACAGGGGAUGAAGGUGGUACUUCAUUACCGAUAAACAAUACUUGGUCACCGACUAAGGAUGAUCAGUCGCAACAGGUAGAACCACUGCUGGAAAAGGAAGAAUCACUAGGCCUAUGUGCAAGGAAUGAAACUGUGGAAACGGACAAAAAUUUGCUUAAUAAGGAAUGCCAUCUUUUAGACGGAAAUUAUAUUUUAGUCAAAACAAAAAAACAGAGAGAAGCAGUAUUGUCAAUACCAGGUGUAGUAGAGGAGGUGGAUGUAGUGGAUGCCAAAUGUAAUAUUUCCCUAAACAAACAAACUGGACUAAAGGACACAGUGAUUGAAAAACAUAUAACAAACGUAAAUGAAAAAGAAACGAUUGUUUCUAUGGAGGAGACAAAGCGACAUCUAGAGCCAUCUCCAGUUAAUUCAGGAAGUGUAACGUCUUCAUGCAGUUUACCACCCUCUCCUAUGUCUGAAGAAGUGGCACUCCUAACAUCCUCAUCGGGUGGAACACAAAGAUCAUUGGUAAUGGAACACAGAAAUAAAUCAAAAGUUUCUGAACAAAAAGAUCGUUAUUUCAUCCCAAUAGAAAUACCCAAAGAUUUAACUCUCAGUGAUAAGGUUAAACGGAGAGAAACAAGGUCAGCUGCUGCAAUUGUGACAACAGGAUCUGUGUCAAGGUACAAAGCAUUAUUUGAAAUGAAGUCGGUAGAUGAAAUAUCUGUUAUGCAAAAAGAAACUGAUGUAAAAGAAAAUAAGUACAAGUAUCAGAAAAAAGAGAAUAAAGACACAUUGACAUUUAAAGCCAUAUACGUAAAUCUCACAUUUGAAGAGGAGAGAACUAAUGAUGAAGAAACUGUUGUUGAAAAGAUGACCACUGAAUGCCAUGAAAAUACAGAGGGCAAUGAAAACAGGAGCAUGCACAUAAAGCCUGAUAUUGCAAAUAUUAAACAGAUUAAAGAAGAAGAAAAACCUGAUGUUUCACACGGUAAACAAAUGAAAGAAAAGCCUGAAAAUACAAUCAGCAAACAAAUUAAAGAAGAUGAAAAGCCUGAUAUUUCAAACGGUAAACAAAUUACAGAAGAUGAAAGGCCUGAUAUUUCAAACAGUGAACAAAUUAAAGAAGAGCCUGACAAUUCAAACAGUGAACAAAUUAAAGAAGAGCCUGACAAUUCAAACAGUGAACAAAUAAAAGAAGACGAAAGGCCUGAUAUUUCAAUCAGUAAUCAAAUGAAAGAAAAGUCACGUGUUCCACAAACGAUAUUUGCUCCACCAAUUAUACCACCUGAUAUGGGUUUACUGAAUCAGUUCAGAGUUAACACUAGCAGAGUGGGACACAAGCAGAAUACCUUGAUAAAGUUAGAAAAAGAGAAGUCGGCAUCUCCUACAAAGCCUCCAUUUUCCUCUUAUCGAUCCACUUCACCGAUUUUGCAGUCAUUGCAAACAAAGUGCAAAACCAAGCCAACGGUCAGAGCAAGAUCCCUGCCCUAUUCGACAUUUAUAAAACAGUCUUCAGUGAAAAUAGAAACAGAAAAGAAAGUGUCACAGUUAAGAAAUGUUUUUGAAUCCUACAACACUGAUUCACAAAAGCCUACUAGGAACUUUACUCAGAAAUCAAGACGAUUCAUUAAACAAGGGAGUGGUGAGGAAGAUUUAAUGGAAUCUUCUGACAAAAUAACUAAUGGAGAUAAAAAUCUGCCUUACAAUAUAAGAUCUUUUGACUGGGUAAAUAUGAAAGAUUCUGUUAAAAUGGAAAAGUGUGAAUCCAUUAGUACUGAUAAUGAUGUGAACUCUACAUUUACUCAAGAUAUGAAUAGUUCCUUAAAUCAAGAACUGAAGAAGAAUGGUAGGGUUAAAGAAUACUCAGAUGCUUGCUCAACGCAAAGACUUAUGAGCAAAGAGAUUAAUGAAUCCUCAUAUACCUUAACUCAAGAACUUGAGAACAUUAGGGAUAAUGAACACUCAAGUCAAGAACUCAGGAGGAUCAGUGGGACUGAUAAAGACUCAGAUGCGUCCUCCAACCAAGUAGAUGCUUCUAUCAUUCCAGACAGUGAUAUCUGUAGUGCUAGUGAUAAUGUUCCUGCAAACUUAAUUGAAAGUGGAGCAGACAGCAAUCUAUUAGGUAAGGUAAAGGAUAAUAUUAGAAAAGAGCAUGACGAUGUUCUUUCCUUCAGUUGCAUGAAGCAGAAUGAUGAAUGGUCACAUGGUACUGAGAAUCAUAAAGACGAAGUGUGUGAUGUUACAGAAGAAAAUAACCCUGAAAUUCAACCGUGUGACGACACACAUAAUCAAGAGGAAUCAGAGCUUCGUAAAAAGAGCCGCAAACUAGUUAUGGCGUUAGAGAACAUGGAGAGAGAUAUCCAAGAGAUGCAACAGUCUGUUAGACGUCUGAAUGAUCACUACCCAAUAGUGUCUGUAGAUGAAAGCGACUCGGUGUGCCGCACUAGUUCAGAAAUGGAGGAAACACCAUUGACUCCAGGUAAGGAUAUAUGCAAGGGUGUGCAUGCUAGUGCUAUAACUGAGCCACUGGAUUUACAUGAAGAUAAUUUACAUUUGUCUCUGCAAAACAAAACUGUGCCUAGCAAAACUGCAGGGGAUAUUAAAAAUACACUGCCUGAAUUUGAAUAUUUUGCUUCUGAUCAGCUUGCUUUAUGCUCAACCAUGGCUUCUGACCCAAUAAUUAAUACAGUACCAGAACACACAUCUACAUAUGCAGCUCUUACUGAGGUGAAAUUGAAUGUUAAGGAAUCAUUAGUGCUGCAAAGCUGUGAAACUGAAAUAUGCAAGAAGGAUAAUAAGAAUAUAAGGUCAUUAGAUUUUGUAGACUGUGACCGGUUUCAAAAUCAGUAUCAAGAGAUAAGAGAGCACAUUGACAUACCUAAUAAGGCCACUGAUGAACAUGCAAAGAAUAUCAAAAGUGAUUCUGAAGAUGACCAAUAUAAUGUUCAUAGUUUAUCAACUUCUUGCUUCAAAUCCAAUCCUUCCUCAAAUGAUAUCUAUGAUAAAAGUGAAAUUAUAUCAGAUGUCACGCAAAUAAACAUUUCUCAUACAUUAGACACAAUCCACAUAGAUUCUACUAAACUGCAUAAUGCUGUUCAAGUAGACACUAUCAAUGCAACAAAUACAUCAUGUACAGGGAAUAUUGACACACAAGAGAGUAUUUCCAAAGAUGCUAGUUCAACUGACCAACCACAAGACUUACAGAUAUUAGGUUCUAUUCAAUCAGAAACCACUAACAUAUUGGAUACUGCUCAGCCAGCAAUGACUAACAUAUUAGACACUGUCCAACCAGAAACCACUAGCAUAUUGGACACUGAUCAACCAGAAACCACUAACAUAUUAAAUACUGUUCAACCAGAAACCACUGACAUAUUAGCCAUUGCUCAAACAGAAACCACUGACAUACUGGACAUUACUCAACCAGAAACCACUAACAUACUAGACACUGCACAUCUAGGAACCACUGACAUAUUGGACACAGCUGAACCUGAAAACACUAGCAUAUUGGACACUGCUUAUCCAGAAACCACUAACAUAUUGGACACUGCUCAUUCAGAAACUACAUGGAUAUUGGACACUGAUCAACCAGAAACCAAUAAGAUAUCUGAUACUGCUCAUCCAGAAACCCUUGGCAUAUUAGACAUUGCUGAACUAGAAACCGCUAGGAUAUUGGACAUUGCUCAUCCAGAAGCCACUGACAUAUUAGACACUGCUGAACUAGAAACUGCUAGGAUAUUGGACACUGCUCAUCCAGAAGCCACUGACAUGUUGGACACUGCUCAACCAGAAACCACUAACAAAUUUGACACUACUCAACCAGAAACCAACAUAUUGGACACUGAUAAUUCAGAAACCACUAACAUAUUGGACAUUGUUCAACCAGAAACUAGUACUAUAUUAGAUAUUGCUCAAUCAGGAACCACUAUCAUAUUGGACACUGUGCAACCAGAGGCUGAUAACAUAAUGAACAGAGGUCAGCCAGAAACCAAUUACAUAUCAAAAAUUGCUCAACUAGAAAACACGAACAUAUUGGACAUUUCUCAACCAGAAGCCUCUAGCAUAUUGGACACUUGUCAACCAGAAACCACUAACAUAUUGGACAUUGCUCAACCAGAAACCACUAGGAUAUUGGACACUGCCAAUCCAGAAACCAUUAACAUAUUGGACACUUCUCAACCAGAAACCAUUAGCAUAUUGGACACUUCUCAACCAGAAACCACUAAAAUACUGGAAACUGCUCAACCGCAAACCACUUGGAUAUUGGACACUGGUCCUCUAGAAACCACUAGCAUAUUGGACACUUCUCAACUAGAAACCACUAACAUAUUGGGUGCUGCUCAACCAGAAACCACUGACAUAUUGGACACUGCUCAUCCAGAAACCACUAGCAUAUUGGACACUUCUCAACCAGAAACCACUAGCAUAUUGGACACUUCUCAACCAGAAACCACUAACAUAUUGGACACUUCUCGACCAGAAACCACUAGCAUAUUGGACACUUCUCACCCAGAAACCACUAGCAUAUUGGACACUUCUCACCCAGAAACCACUAGCAUAUUGGACACUUCUGAACCAGAAACCACUAGCAUAUUGGACACUUCUGAACCAGAAACCACUAACAUAUUGGACAUUGCUCAACCAGAAACCCCUAGCAUAUUAGACACUUCUCACCCAGAAACCACUAGCAUAUUGGACACUUCUCAACCAGAAACCACUAGCAUAUUGGACACUUCUGAACCAGAAACCACUAACAUAUUGGACAUUGCUCAACCAGAAACCACUAGCAUAUUAGACACUUCUCACCCAGAAAACACUAGCAUAUUGGACACUUCUAACCCAGAAACCACAAGCAUAUUGGACAUUACUCAAUCAGAAACCACUAGCAUAUUGGACAUGUCGGACACUGCUCAACCAGAUAUCUCUAACAUACCAAAUGCUGCUGAAUCAGGAUUAACCAACAUAAUGGACACUAUACAAUCAGAUACUGCAAACAUAAUGGGCAUUGUUAAGCUAGAUACCACAAAUAAAUCAGGCACUCAAACAAUCACUCAUAUACAGAAGAAUGCUGAACCAGAAGCAACCAGAGACUCACUGGACACUGUUUAUCCAGAAACCACUAAUAUAUUAGACACUAAUAGAGUAGAGACCACAAGUGUUUUAGAUACAGUUCCAUCAAAAAUCAUUGAUUUAUUGAACAGAGAAGAGUCAGACAACACAGACAUAGUGAAGACUGUUCAACCAAAAAAUACAAGACACUUACUAGACAGUUCAGAGCUAGAUACAACCAAAACAAAUACCAUCAAUGUGUGUGACAAUGUUGAACAAGAUACAACAGCAAUACCUGAAAGUAGUUGUAUGUUAAAUACUAGCCUAUCGCAAGCAGAAGAUAUUGAAACUGGGAACACUGAUACAUCCAACACUCUAUUAGAAGACAGCAAGAACAUUUCCCAAACAGUGUGGGCAGUUCUGCUUGAUAACAUUCAUGCAAAUACUGAUCAUAAAAUAGUUGCUAGUAAAAUCAAAUCAAACUUUGAGGAAGCAUUGGAUCCCAUUCUAGAUAGUAAUGAUGCAAUAAAUGAGAGUCAGUCUGAUGCUUCUGGAGACACUAUAUUAACGGAAAACAUUCAAACAAAAGCUCCCAAGACUCUAAACCCCCAAAUUGGUAAUAUAUCAGAUACAAUGAUGUUUAAAAAUACAUUUCAAGUGGAUUUUCUUAAUUCAGGUUCAGCUGAUCAGUUGGCCAGCAUCAAAACAGAUGCUCUGAUGGAAAAAAACAAGUUGGAGUCAAAAGAAGAUUUGGAUAAGAGUCACAUAUCUACUCUGGCUGAUACGUUAACUGGCACAAACGUUUCCAGUAGUCAAGCAACCACAGAUGUCGAAAAACAAACCGAUUAUCUGCAUUCACAAGAGGGGGAAAUAUUCAGCACAGAACUUUCUGAGGAUGUAGAUAAUGAUUUAAUUUCGGUAACAGAGGAUAAAUUUUCGGAUCGAAUACCAGAUACUUCAGGACAUGAAUCUGAGUUAAAUAAAAACAUCUGUGAUUUACCCAGUGCCUCCAACUCUGAUUUCUUUAUUGGUGGAUGUACUGAUGACCAGAAUCCUCCUGAUUCAGAGGACUGUGUUUCUUCACCUGAAAACAGACAUACCAUCCAGGCUGAAACGUCGUCUUCUGUAGAACUUGUAGAAAAUGUACAUUUCUUGCCAGAUAUUCAAGGAAGAACCACGCAGCAGACUCAAUACUUUGAUUUUCUAGACAAAGAUAUAGACUCUGACUUUGGAACACCUAGGGCUCCUGGAAAUCUCCUCUGGGAAGAUUCACAUCAAGAUUUUGAUGAUGAUGUUCCUAUUCCAUGCACAUCACGACCAAAUUCCUCACUAAGUAUUCAUCAUGAGAAAGAUGAAACUGUGGAGGAAGAGAGGGGUUCACCUUGGUCCUUAUUAACAGCCAUCAAAGGAUAUGUUAGUCCGAGGUCUGCAUCACCACUGGACAUGUUUGUUGAUGAGACUUUAGCACCUGCUGAAGCAUCUGAUGAGGAAGAAUUUGUUUCUCUUGAACCAUCUGUUGUCCAAGAAAACUUAAAAAUCAGCAACCUUGAAUGCAUUGAAUCAACACAAACAAAUUCUUGCCCUGCCCUUAUUCAUGAAGAAAACAUCGAAACACCAUAUCAAACAAAUCAAAACGAUGUAAACAAAUCAGUGCAUAGUUAUGCAAAACCCCCAGACUACCUUCCACUACAUAAAAUUAAUGCUCCCUCUACGACACCGAUGAGGUCUACAGUGGAAGAAGUCAGUGAAGCAAGUGAGUCACUGACAAGUAUUACUAAUGAGGAAUCAAAUGAUUCUGUAUAUGAGACUCCUGAUGCCCCACCAGAACUCCCUCUAGCAGAGUUGUCUAUCGAGAAUAUGAGCUUUACUUCAAAUGACAUUGAACACGAAGCAUCCUUCAGAUCUUCCAUGCUCAUUAACGAAGAAUUAAAUGCUAUUUCUAAUGACCAAAUGCAGAACAUACAAGUUCCUUCUGAAAUAGACGAGUUUGGCCAAAGGUCUGCCCAGGAAGUGCUAGCUCAAUCAACACAGGAAAUUGUGAAGAAUUACAAUUAUGAAGAUGAGUGUUCUCUCUUAACUCAAAGUGAUGACCCAUGUCCUGAGGAGGUAGACACUGAGAUCUCGCUCCUAUCCCAAAAUGAAACAAAUACAGAGAGAUAUAAUGACAAUAGUGGUAUUCACAUAUCAAGUGCUGUUGAUAAGAUGGCGUCUGAUAUUUCCUUAGAACAAUGCAGAUUAGGGGAUCAGGUGAGACAAGAUGACAUAGAAGAUCAUGCGAUAAAGGACAAUCCUCCGCCAAGCCUCCACAUCACACAGACGGCAUCGAAGGAUCAAGCCUCUGAAGUUCAACAGGCAGAUAUUCUCAUGAAGGAACCCGGAGUUGGCCUCACAUCAAAGACCUCGGAGUCUAGUGUAUCCUUAGUAGAAAGAAGUGAAAUAUUACCAUCUGAAGAUGAAUGUGAUAAUGGUAAUAGUGCCACUUGUAGUUUUGCAAUAAAAACAAAUGAUAACAAUCUAACAGCAGGAGAUACAGAAAUAUCAGAUAUUCAUUGUGGAGAACAGGGAGUGGUAAAUUUUGCUACACAAGAAAUAAAUGAAUCUGAAGACAGUAAUUUACCAAGUGUUGUUGUAGGAGCCAUUGCAACUGAGGAUAGUGACAAGAACACUAUAUCGACAUGUGAAGGCGAAACGAGCACUGAAGCAGCUGCUCAGGAAAGUAGUUGUGAAUCAGAUUCUGAUGACGAUAUGAAAAUUGGACCGAUUCGCGGCUUUCGUCCUCUGAUAAUACCUCUUUCAUCCAGUCCAACGAAAUCACCUGUAACCACUUCAGACAGUGACUCUCAAUCUGAGUCUGAUGUAACAACUGAUGAAGAUGAAAUUGAUAUUCCUAGCAAGAAACCUAAGGCUAAAUACAACAAACCAGCACGCAGCCACAGCAGCAAACUGCACACCAUCCCUGAACUAUCAGAGGAUGAGGAGGAAGAGAUGCCUGUCAGACCUCCGAGACCAAGACGACUUUCAAUUGGGAAGAGACAUCUCUCAGAUAAAAGCGUUGAAUCUCCUGGCACUCCCUCAUCUGUGAAGAAGAUCAGUAGUCCGUCUUCUUCCCAUAAUCCCAAAUUUUCACCAGAUUUCUCAUUGUUUGGAAAUGUUGAAGAAGAGCAGUCAUCAUUCGACGAAGACAAUGUAUUUGAAACGGAGGAAAAACCAAAACCGAUGAUGAGAAUGUCUAUGUAUCCUUCUAACUGUGUAUAUUCAACUUCCAGUGAAAAUGACGAGUCUGAUGAUGAAUCCACAGUCAUUUAUGGACGACAUUAUGGGUCCUGUUUCAGAUCCCAAAAUUCUCCAGAUAUGAUAGAACAAGACAGUUUGGAAUGUGAUGAAGAUGAUGAAUGUGCUGACGAUGAUGAUGAACCAGUUGAUUAUUUUGAGAUGAGAAACAAGGCUACUUUAAAAGCUAAUGAAGAAGUAAAACUGAUUGAGGAGGAACAUGAAGUUACACCUAGGAAAAAUAAAACAGAUUUCCUAGAAAACAGACCUGUUGUAUCAUCAGGCUUAAACUUCAAUGAUGAUGCCCAUGAGGAAGGCAAGUAUUAUCCACCUUUGGAAACUCUCAUGAUCCCUUCCCAGACCUCUUCUGGAGACGAGGAAACAGGCAAUGCUGAAGCCGAUGGCUCUCAUCUUGAGGAACUCGAAGAUACUGAAAACCAUCCUGCUUAUGUCAUCACUCCUCUUGGGGAGGAAAGCAUUCUCACAGACCACACCUUUGUUCCUCCGAUGGAAAUGUUGCACAUUCCUAAGCUACAAGUUGCUCCUUUAACCUUCGAAGACGUCGAUCUUCCACUGACACCGCGAUCCCCCUCUGUACCCUGUGCAGAACCACAAAACGAAACAGAAGGUCUUGGUUUUGAUGCAGAUCACGUGCAAACUGAAGAAAAUAGUGUGUUUGCUGCAAUAGCUUCAUGUCCACUUCGAGAAAGGAAUCAUAGUAAAUUCGAAAUACAGGAACAGUUUAUAGAAAAUUCAGAUAAUAAAGGUUUACCUAAUGUGGAUGUUCUGUGUGUGUCAGGAACUGAUGGACUGGACAAAAUAGUAAAUGAAAAUCUGAGUAAGGAUACUGACGACAUGCAGAAUGCCAAUGCAGUGACUGGUGUAGUAAGUGAUGGAGAAAACAAUGUGAUAAAACCAUCCGGUGAAUCAGCUGACAUUGCACUUACAAAGGAUCAGUUGACAUUUUUUCAGGAUGGUGGACUUCAGCAAGUAGCACGAUCGUUUGCAGUCACAAAUUCGCCCAAAAAGGAAUUAGUACAAGGUGAGAAUUCAGCUAACAUAGGUGACACACCCUUUUCCUCCAUAGAUGUAGAUGUUGAGAGUAAUGACCCUGUCCUUGACCCUCUUGACCAAAAAACUACACAACAAGACAUUAUAUGUAACCAAAGUGAAACGAAUACAACAGCAUGCAAUGAAGAUGGCCAUAAAAAUACUGAUAUCAGUUCAAGCAAUGUAUUUCAAGCCCAGCCAUGUCCAUGCCCUCGUGAAGAGCUGGCUAAAGUGAGUGAGCAUGAAUCACCAGGUGCAGAUUUUUUCCCAUCAUCAAGUGAGAUCUUCACAGUGACAGCAACAAGUGACCCAUUUUUCACGGUGACGCCGACAAGUGACCCAUUGUCACCAAGAGAAAAUGGAAUGGGUUCUCUAUCUUGGACUACAGAUCCGUUUGAUGAGGAACAGAAUCUAAUUGGCCUAGAUUUCUGUAAUUCAGCUGAUCGUAAGCCCAGUGAGGGAAGCCAUACUUGUGUGCAUGACGCAACCUUGUUAUCUCGAAGAGACAGAAGGAAGCCAGGUUCUCCUGUAAAAGUAUUAGUUGUGUCUCAGAAUCCGUCGGAGGAGUUCGUACAAGACCGUGAGUUCCCAUUAAGAAAUAAGAAACAGCAAUGUCAAAGCGACAUGGCUGAGAAACAAUUAGAUGUUACUCCAAAUUUUGACAUUCUGUCAGAUGUCAGUGAAAUAUAUACAAGUGAUCAGAGACCCAUAGAUGGGGCAUUUUUAUAUGAUGAUGGAACUGCUCAAGACACAUCAUCUGUCCCCUUCCAAAGUGAUUUGGAUAUAUUUACUCAAGAGGAAGCUGAACGCAUGCUCGAUCUCAGUGAUGCAGUGAAGUCUGAGGAGGGUACGCAGCUAAUCAACUUAUCAGAUGAAUUAAGGGAAGACAUAGAAAAGCACCCAAGUGUAAAUGCUAAACAAAUGUUGCCUGCGGACUCUGACCAGGAAGCAAUUAAUGUUUUUUCUUCUCUUAUAGAAGUCGCAGAUAAUACAUCUCAAAAUCUAAAAUAUGAUAACGACGUAUCCACAGCAAACAUGUCUGAUUCCAGUGACGUAUAUGCAACAGAGUAUACAUGCAAGGAAUCAUCUGAUGAUACGGCUGGGUUGGAUGUUAAAUUUAUUGAUAUCGACGAACAACCUGUCCAUUACAUGAAGUCUGAGGAUGUAAAAUCUGAUUCAUCAGCAAUAUUAUUUAACAUUUCAGAUGAUAAUCUGCAAACUGAAUCAAAUAUGCUUAUCCCACAGGCAGCUGAAUCUACUUGUGUAACAGAUCUUCUGAAUAUAGAUGACUUUUCAUUAGAUGAAGGUCCGAGUGAUUUGAUUUCAGAGAAGCAGAACAUUAGUCUUCUUGACUCUGACUUUGAAGAUUUUAUGCGAAGUGACUCGACCACUAAUAACGACAAUGAAGCUGGAUUUACUAGCAAUUCAAUAAUUAAUGAAAUAAUGACAAAUGCCUGUCACCAAGCAGAACCCGAUGCUUUGUCUGCAAUUGAAUCUAACACUCAGGCAGUGACACCUCACACUGAUGUUCUUACAACGGGAUUUACUGAAGACAAUAAUAUGCUGAAAGUUGAGGAACUAGAUUUUUUUUCUUUGCACGAGGAAAGUCCAAACAAACAGUCACAACAUCAAACGAGUGAAGAUUCUGAGGAACUGGAGGAAUUUUUAUCUUUGACGAAUGUACAAAAUGAGUGUGUGCGUGAAACAGAACCGCUAGUGGUUGGAAUCCCCUCAAGUGAAGCCACAAAAUAUGAUAAUCUUAUUGUUUCCAGUGAGACGGGCGGAGCGAACGCUUUGGAAAUCCCAGAGCUUCCGCCAGUUACGGGAGCAGAUAGUCUAUACAAGUAUGGGGCGAGGGAUGACCUAAUUAGGGGUGAGCCAGACAGACAUGAGAAGGAUGCGGAAGCUCAGUCUGAGGUCAGUUGUGACAGAACACUAGAGAGUUGUGGUGUCGGUAAUGUAGCCCCGGAAUGUCGGAACCAAACACCGCCUUGUUUAGCUGACAUUCCCAAUAUCUUGCUUGUAGGUCAUGAACAUGUAAAAUCUCAGCUUGUUGAGGGAUUAGACUUAUCUAUUACUUCCUGUGAAUUUGAUACUCAUGACACGGCAGUUUUUCAUGAAAAAGCACGGGAAAGGACUGGGUGUCUUCCUUCCCACUCCGAAGGGAAACAAAAGAAAGAAUUUGUUUGUGAUUACAGUAAUCAGACCACACAGCAAGUACAAGGAGCUACCGUAAAGAACAAUUUGAUAUUUGAAAAUGAUAGUGAUAGUGAACAGUGUAUGGUAACAGCGAAGGAUGAAAAUGAGCCAGCAGACUAUGACAGAGAGAGCACUUUGUCGGAAAUUUCAUCUACCAUUUUUGAAAGUGUACGAGAGUCACUUCCUGUUCUUGACCCAAUAGUGGCAGAAAAACUUAAUUUAGUUGAAGAUACAUCACUCACACUAUCUGCUGAGCAUCCUAAAGAGGACGGAGAGCACUUAAAGCUCAGUAAAGGUUCCCCUAUUCAAUGUGCAAGAGGUAUAGUGCAAGACAUUCCAGAGGAUAUUAUAACUCUUGAUACGCAAAUCCAAAACAAUAAUAUUCGAAGUGAUGAUGACUGUAAGUUAACUUCUGAUGACGUUUAUAAGGAAGACAAAAAUAAAAAUGUAGAUAGUUGUCAGGACAUCAUAACUGUUGAUACACAAGCCCAAAAUAAUAAUACUCGUAGUGAUGAUGACUGUAAUUUAACUUCUGAUGACGUUUAUAAGGAAGACAAAAAUAAAAAUAUAGAUAGUUGUCAGGUAGAGAGGGAUGAUGACACACAGGAUGAUCAGAUUAACAAUGAUUCGCAGUGUGUAACCGAUGAGUCGAAAAAUGAUGAUAAUGACCAUUCAACAUCAUCAAAUCAAACUAGUAUUGUUCUUGAUGAAUUUCAGCAGAUGCUGGAAAAGGAGGGUUCAGAAUGUUCAUCGUUUGCCGAUUUAUCUGCAGAUGAAGAAGUAGGAGAUUCAGGUUUUAGUCCUUCAGUUUUUGAACAAGACCAGCUUACUGGAACAGGAGUUUCAAAGACCUUUCAAAAGCAAGGUGAAGAGGAGGAAUCUCUCAGUUCACAAUCAUACCGUAGUUUUCUAGAAGAAAUCCAUGGAUUUAGGACAUACUCUAGGGAUUCUGAGAGCUCAAAUGAUGAAAGAACUCCAAAGGCUGAUGCACGUUUUGAAGGCAGCAAAGUGAAAGUUGACCGUCAGCCAACAACUGAACUUGUCUCUUUGAGAAAACAGUUCUGGGAUUCUGUUGCAGCAGGUGGCACUGGACCUGUAGACACGAAAACUUCAUCAAGCUCUGACUCGACUGAUAUUGUAAGUCAAGCAGAUGACGUUUCAAAAUGUGGCACAAUCACCGGAGAGCAAGAGGAAGAAGUCACAAGAGGACCCACACCCGAAGAUGAUGACGUGUUUCAGGAUGCUGUUGAUGAGACACCAGUGGGGUUAGUAGGGAGACUGAAGGCUGUCUGGAGUAGCUUUUUCAUGGGUGAUAAGCAGUCAUUGCCCACAGAGGAUAAUAAAGAAAUGGCUCAUGAUGAUGAAUGUCUACGUGAUAUUGCAGAUGGUGAGAGCUUGACUGAUGAUCAAAAAGAAAUGUGGGAAAACCUGAGAAAUUCUCCAAAUUGUGAACGUGAGAAUGCAUUACAGAGUAAAGUGAAAGAGAAGGCAGUGCAAAGAGACGAUGUUAGUGGUGAAAACAGGACGUCGUUGGAACAGGACAAUGAAGAUGUUGCUAUACAUGAACAUUCAUUUUUAGAGCAGAACAAGAAAGGGGAGGAGGACUCUGAAUCUGAUGAAUGGAAAAUAUUGAUGGAAAUAAGAAACAGAAAUGAAAAGGCACAAACGUCACCUUCAACUCAUGAACAAAAUCAGAAGAAUGAUUCAACAACGGAUGCAACGCCCUUUCAUGAAACUGCCGAGGAAAUAAGGCAGUUAUCAUGUGAAUCUUCCAGUGAUGCUGAAGAACCAUCUAUUGGCGAUGUGUUUAUGCCACGGAAAAGUAUGAGAAAGAUCAAGCGGGGCACAGUACAAAUGGGAAAACAGAUAUGGGAAAUGAAAUAUACAAAACCAGAGCCUGUAGGGGACACCACAAAGAAUGUAGAGCCAAAAAGUCCUAUGAAAGACACUACUGAGCCUCUCGUGAGGGAGAGUUCUGAAAAAUAUGCAUACAGGACACCAAGUCUUCGUAAAAUAGAAAGAGGUAUUGUAAAAACGAGGAAAGAUCAGUGGGAAGGGAAAUUAAUGGAACUUGAUGAGGACAGCCUUCUCGAAAAUAAUGAGGAACAGAACUUAGAAGAGACUGAUGAAAAUGCUUUAAUGUCCAGUAAUGACACCCGAUCACCUGAUGAAUCUCCUAAACUUCAUCAUAAGGGAUCCAAAACUAAACAGCCAAAGGGCUACAAGCUAAGUGUGAAAAUUCGGGAAAGGACUGUGGUAGAUGCUAAACAUAUGUGGGAAGAAAAAGAAGCAAGGAUGAAGAAGGAAGCUGAGGCUACUAGAGCUCAUCUAUAUGCUCUUGGUCUCGAUACUGAAAACAAUAAGAAUACAGUUGGUGAUGAGUUACUUCCUUCAGGACUUCCUGAAGAAGGUGCAAAACUCAGAGGAAAGGAGGAUGAAAGAACUGAGCCUGAAAUUACUGAUACUGCUUGCUGUCAGGAACCAAUCGAAGAACUCGGCAUUGAAGAGGGUCUUGUGCACAAUAAGAAACAAGUGUGGCAGAAUUUGUGUGAAUCAGAAAAGAAAAUUGAGACAAAGGUACUGACUAGCAAACCAAAGAGUAAGAAAAUUGAAUGGUUAUUCAAUGAAGAAGAUGCCAAAGAAGCACAAACUGGAAAUACUCCAAAGCCAAACCAAGCUACCAAUGUAGAGGUACUAGAGAGCAUGGAAUUGCAUCCACAAGCAACAACUGUAAAAGCUGAAGCUGAUAAGAAUGACAAGAUUGAUCUACAGCCUAACCAUGGGAAAGCUGAGGAGAGGACGGCAGUAUCUGGAAAGGACUUCUGGGAAGGAAUGAAACCUGAGCAAAGACAAACACAAAAUCUUGGCAACAGCAAAGCUUUAGAAACGUUACCCACUAACAAAACUGAACAGGCUGCCACUGCAACAUCAGAAGCAACUAUUAAGGAAAUCAACUAUGAUGACACUUCGGAAAUUAAGGGCAAAGGACAUGUAAAAGCCAGGACAGAAAUGUGGGAUGGAAGAUGGAAAGAACUAGAAGAAAAACGGAAACAUGAAACUAUUGGUCAAAGGCAGGCAUCAUCAAGACAAAUGGAGAAUAAUUUACAAACAAAGGGAGCCACGCCUCUAGAAACUCUGAAAACAGAAGUGACAUGUGAGGCAGAUGCCACAAAUACGGAAGAAAGUACAUCCACACAAAAGCCGGUCACUGGCUACCAGCUCAGCAUUAGGCUCAAGGAAGGAAGUGUUGCGAAAGCCAAGUUAAUGUGGGAAGAGCAAGAAACAAAAAAUACACUGGAAACAAAAACAUUUACACAAAUGAAAAGCUCUCAGGAAAGAUCUAGAUUCCUGAAUGAAAAUCACACAGGAACAGAUAAUGAGACUACUAAAAGCCCAAUCAAACAAGAAGAAAGUGAUCCAAAGUUUCUGAAAGAAAAUGAAUCCAUCGCGGAUGAUCAGCAAGAAGCCCCUCUACAGGUUAAUUCGGAGAUUAAUGAAGCUUCCGAGAGUCAGUUGGUACCAGUAAGUGAAUCAAGAAAAUUAUGGGAAGAACGAAUAUCGAAGAAAGAAUCGUUUCCUCCAAAAUCCGAACCUGUAAUUGAUGAAUCAAAAACCAGAAAUAAAGUAGUACAAGUUAUACAAUCACUGAAUAACUCUACGGCAGAAAGUGUUAUUGAAGAUCCACGUCUUAGAAAUUUUAAAUUCUCCUCAGUGGACGUUGAAGUUGGCAGUGAGACACAAAGCACAGGGGAGAUUAAUUCCGAAAUGGAUCAGAAUGACUCGGAUGAAUCGUCAGAAAAAUCUAGCAUUACAGCUUGUGAAGGUAGUUUCACAGCUGGCAAGAAGGUGUGGGAAGAUAGAGUGAUUGAAAUAUGUAACGAUGUCCAAAUGAAACCUGAUUUUAAACUUGAAUAUCAAAAUUCUGAUGAGCAUCUUGCAAGAACUUUUGGUAAAACUGAAGAAGAGCUUACAAUAUGUAGUGAAACCCAUGAAAAUGAUAAACUAAUGAGAACUCUAAGUGUUGAAGUCGAUGAUGGUAGUGUUAGUAGAGCUCGAGACUUUUGGGAACUAUCCAAUACCCAAAACUUUGCUGCUGUUAAUGAACCUUCUACUAAAAACUUUAAUAGAAUACAAGAAUCUGAAUUACAGAUCGGUAAGGUGGACAAAGACCAGGUGGCAGAAGCUCGAGAUUCAGAACAGAAAUCUGAGGAAAUGACACAAGUUCCAUCCAUUCCAAAAGAAUAUUAUAUAGGUGCCAGUAAAAGAGCAUUCUGUGCCACCAUGCUGUUAGAUUUUGCAGCUUCUGAUACUAAUGAUCUUUGCAGCAAAAAUAAUGCUUCAGAAGAAAUGAACAGAGUAAUUUCAUUAGUUCAAGAUGAAGCAAUGGCUUCAUUAAAGAGUGUUGAUGAAGAAUACUAUGAUGCUUUCAGUCUUGAGGCCAACAUCCCUACUGAGGAAUCAGCAUUCCACCCCAACAAUAAUGAAAUUGUGCUAGAAAACCAAGGUCAAGCAAUCAUUUCACAAAGACUGCCAGAAGUGAGUAUAGAGGAGGAAGGGAUUAGUAAAAUCAUCGGGGAAUCAAUUUCUGUCAAUAUAGUCAAACAGAAGAAAGAUUACUGGGAUAAUAUGAUUACAAAGAAUCUAGAAGAACCAAAAACUUGCAAAGCAAUUGCAAAGAAAGAAAGAGUUAUUAGUGAGCAUUAUCUCUGUGAAGAUAUCACAAGUCCAUUAGAUGACAUUAGUGUAUCAACAAACUCGGGGAGUCCUCCUCCUCUGCCUGUAACACAACCACCAAUACAUGCCGAAGCAACCCGGGAACCCAAAUCGUCCCCACAUGAUUCUCAAAGAGCAAAAGAAAUAUCGGAAAAGAGAAUGUAUUGGGAUAAUUUAUUUGCCAAGAGGAAUGAAAGCGAAAGAAAACCGGCAGUUGAUAAAGAUAAUGAUCUUUCAAUUGUAAACCAAACUGAAAAUGAUAUAGGAAUAAGUGAAGCGAACACAAGUACGGGUGAUGAUGCAACAAAGCCUACAGCUGUUCCUGCAAAUGUUCAGUCGCCAGAGCAUUUAAAAGAACCUGAGAGACAUAUAGAAGAGUCUGACAGCAAAUCAGUCCAUUUCAUACCUGGAAAGACAUUUGUCGCACAAAAGAAAGGUUUCUGGGAUGACUUGAUUGCCAAGAAGUCAAGUGACCCAGGAGUGAACACGACUUUCAUUGUACAAAGGCCUCUAGUAUCCACGCAUGGCCGCCAAGAUCGAAGCUGUCCCGUGGAAGUAACAGGAGGAGAUGAAGAUAUAUGUACCGAGAUCAAAGAGACUAAAACAGUGCUUGGUCGGAAACUGAGUAUUAGAAUAAAAAGCGGGAUCGUACGAGCCAAUCAGCGUUUAUAUGAGUCAGGACAUGAAGAUGAGUUUACAAUGUGGAAAAAAUCAAAGGAAUGUAAGCGACUAGCGAAGCAUGAUUUAACACCAGCGCCUAGAAAAAGUUCCCAUUCUGUUUCCACCGAGAAGCAACGUGGGCCAGAAUUAGUAAAAGAUCAGCCGAGAGUCGUCGAAUCACCAAUUGCAAGGCACAGGAAGCUGAAGAAGGGUCGUCCGAUAUCCCCGAGACCUCAAGACGACCAGUCUUCGUCCGGUGAAGACGAACAAAGUGUUCCAAGAGUGCGAAGGAAAACGAGUGUGAAAAUACAAAAAGGGUUAGUAAAAGAGUACAAAUCCCAAUGGGAAUCUAAAUGUUCAAAAUCUGGGUUUUGGACUUGGAAAAGGCACCGCUUACAGUACUCGCCGUCAAAACCGAAAUCAUCUCCGGUGAAAAGGUACACUAAAAGACAGUCAUCUCCUCGUAAAUCUCAGACACCAAGGGCAAGCCCAGUCAGUUCAUAUACAGGAAGGUACCUGGACACACCUGACACAAUACCCAAGUCGCCAACGAAGACAAGGAAAGAAUGGGACCAAGAGAGGCCUCCACCUCCAAGUCCUCCAGUUGACCGACCUCUAACGCCGGAGGAAACCGAGGAGUUCCUCCAGGACAUCAGGGGAAGAGUGGCCAGCCAACGGAAAAGGUUUGAUAGCCUUGGCAGCGUCGUUAGCGAAAGCAGUGGGAAAAGCCUGGACGCUGUGGAUGCCCACAAUAAUCACACGGCCAAAAGCUCGCUUGAUCUAGAUGAAGACUACAUCAGCUGUAUUGUUGGGAAGGUAAGCAAACGUAAGAAACUGUGGGAGACGAAAGCAGAAGAAAAGAGCCAAAGAAAAAAGGAGAGCAAUCUAACCACCAAAACGCAAGCAUCAAGUGAUCGAAAUCGUGGAAAGCCUGAGAGUCCAACUACCACAAGAAUGAAGGGAAGAGAACGCGUGACCUAUAUCAUCCACAGCACAAUCGAAGGCGACGUCGUGCUUGAAACAGUCGACGGAACCUAUUCAUCUCACCAAGAAUUAUGGGAUAUUCAAACCAGGAAGCAGCAACACACGCAACUUCCGCAAGCAUCUGGGGAGAGCAUGAAGGUUGAGAGGAAGGGAGCAGAUAUCUCUGAGAUCAGCCGCGCUCAUCCCCGGGGAGAUGUGGAUGAGCUGGUCACUGCUGCUUCCGUCACACAAACGACCAGUGAUGCUGGGGAUAAUAUACCGCCGGAUGAGGAAACCCGAAGUCAUUCUCCAGCCAUUACUAACCCUAGCCCACAUUCCAGUUCUUGGCCAAGCCCACAGUCUUGCUCUCCGAUUCAAAGCGCCGGUGAACAACCCAUCGAAGCAUCUGCAGAUGCGGAGGAACCUGUGGCAUCCGAAACUGCCCAGUACUACCAGUCUUACAAGCACACCUUUGCAUCUGCUCGUAGUUUCUUUGAGAGUGUAACACAUGACCAAAAUGGAGCCGAACUCAACAAUUACAUAAAAUACGAGGAUAGACAUAAAAGUCUUACCGACUUUGUGGUUACUGAACAAGUAAAUAUAUCCUGUAACGACAGCGAAACAUGGAAUUAUUCCUCACACGAAUUUGAGUCCCCCAACAAUCCUAUUGAAAGUGCAGCGACGGACACUGACCUAGAAGUUGAUGCUGAUACCGUGAAACCUCUUUAUAGUUCCCAAAAGAUGAAUUAUACUAGGCAUUCAAGGAAAGAAGCACAAGAUUGCGAGACUCGCCUGGUGGACAGCGGUUGCCAAACCGACGAUGAAUUCGAUGACACUCCUCGCAGUCGAAUAUAUCGUGUGAACCGGGCUUGUCAGAGUGACCCUGAAAGCGACAACGAAACGUUGAGAGUGAGAGAUCGUAGUCCAUCGCAAGAUCAAGAAAUACAAGUUUCUGAAGACGACCUUACUAAUCCUUUAAAGCGUCGUCUACCACAUGACUAUCGUCAAUAUGAUUUGCUAGAAAAUCCUAAAUCAAAACGUCGGAUUUACCAAAGGCGAAACAAAUCCCAGACAUUGACUAGAAGUAAAUCCUUGCCAGGAACAGAAUUCCCAACCAUUCCUGGUCCAAAGCAUAAUAGUACUACAAUAAAUCCACUGAGCAAUUUUUGGUCGAGUGAGCCCGAAGACGACAGACCCAGAUCUUACAAAUUCGGAAUAUCAGAUUCAUCUUCUCUUGUAGCGUCUCUCAUGGACCUAGCAAGGGAUUUACCUACAGCUUAUCCUGACUCACAUAACCAGGACGACUUAGAAGAUCUCGAUCAUGAUGUCUUCCAGCACUUCCCCCAGGGAGAGGUGAUACAGACGCUGAGCGGAUGCUACUGGGGAGAAUUUCCCCACAUUCCAGUGAAUGGGCGAACACAGCAUCUAGGCAAGAUUCCCAGAGCCAGCCAAAAAGACCUGAUUUCUCUCCGGGAACUUCGCCGUCGCGCCAGUCUACCCGAGUGUUUAGCUCUCCUACCGAUCUGUGAGGUUGCCAGCCCCGAGUCAGGAUCCCCGGUGGAAGUGAUACGCAAUCCCUUCCAUCCCAUGGACCAAAUUACUGCCCAGCUGAUGAAGGAAUCAAGCGUGGAUAAUUGUGAAAAUGAUACUUAUUGUAUGUACAACAGUAGUGAAAGUAUUAAUUUAUCUGCAAACAGUGAUGAGAGUGAGAAACAUAAACCAGUGUGCGAUUGUGUAACCGAAAAUGAGCAAAUUGCUGACUCCGGUAAGGAAGAAUGGGAUACUUACGCUGAGGCCACAACAGAUUCCAAUUGUGAGAUCGGAGAUGGCAUUAAUGAAAGUAGAAACUGCGUCGAAGAAACACCUAAUCCUACGUGCAGUGCGUAUGGCGAUGGUCUUGAGCGAGGGAAGACCGGUGAAGUUUUAACUUUCAUCGUCGACACUGCCGGCGCUCAGCAAGGCGAGGUAACAAUCAGCGUGGAUGGACCAUUCAAGGGCUCUGUGUCAGGGACUGAAGUGUACCCCAUAGAAGAAUAUGCAGGAGCCUAUUUAGUCAACUACAUGGUCAACACACCUGCUUCAUAUAAAGUGGGCAUUACGUGGAGUGGGCAACACAUAGCAGGCAGUCCAUUUACUUGUAUUGUGGAUGUAUAAGAUUUUUCUCUUUCAUAAUUAGUUACAUGAUGUAUUCUGUCAGCUCCAUGAACAUAUCACCUGCCAAUGCAUACACAAUUGAAUUCUGCUGUAAAUAUGUCCAAUUCUUUUGUUAUCUAGUCUUUGAAAACUACUAUAUGAUAGUCCCAGUUUAUGUAGGGUGUGUUCAUUUUAACUUUAUAAGAUACUGGCAUAUCAGAGAAUUAUAGAUAAUGCUAAAGGUAAGAUGUGAAUGUUAUAUGCCAUAGAAGACAGUAACUCUGCCUUAUCUAACGGAAGAAAUAUUUUUAGUUUGUGGAAAAAUAAAUAAUUGAAAACUUUGUGAAUGAAAAUAUUGAAAUGCAUACUAUUAAAGAUGUCAUGAUUCAUGUAUUUUGAAUUGUGUAAUAUUAGAUAUUUUCAGCUGCCAUAUUGCUAGUGUAGAAAAUAUAAUGUAAAAUAUAAUAGCUGUGAUAUAUUG